AUGGAUUAUGUUAGUGAUCCACAAUUGAUGUUAACAAAACGAAAACAACAGUUUGAAACAAUUUUUGAUUAUGAACAACAAGUAUUUAAAGAUUUUGAAAUUAAUGCAGUACCUAUUCAAAAAACAGAGACCGGAAUCGAUGAAUAUUUUAUACCAUUAGAACCAAAUAAAGCUCUUGCGUUUACCAUGAACUUUCCUCAAUUAUCAGAAUCGAGUAAAGAUAAAAACAUGGAAAUAAAUGGACAAUUGAAGCAGCCGUGUGAAUACAAAGAAUUCGAUUAUAAUUGUCCCGAUUGUAUUUCGGACAUGUUUGGUCCUAUUAUUGCACCUUACGCCGCUUUAGCCCAACAACACGAUGAAUUUAAACAUCGAUUAGAAUAUAUUGUUUAUCAACGUCUGAGUACAUUAAGGACACUUUAUAAUACGAAUUCUGACAAUAAUAAUAAUAAUAAACGAUGGGAUAGAAAAUUUAAGAAACCACUUCAAAAUGAUCCUGCCAUCUUUUUAGAAUUAUUGGGAACAUGUGGACGAAUUACAUCCGCAAUUGUUGGUGGUUGGCUUAUAUUACUGAGUACUAGUUCAAUUAUCUGGGCGCUAAUAAUGACAUUUGUAUCUGAUAGUUUUCACCCUGUGUUAACAUUUAUGCGCGGUUUUAGUCAAGCAUUUACAUUAUUAUAUUAUCAGUACUUUAUUGUCUAUUUUUUUAUUUAUGGUUCGUUAAUAUUGAUCACUGGUAUAUCGUUAUUAUUAGGUGCAAUGGUUCUGUCAAGAUUUAUCAUUAUAUUUAGCAUUUGUUUCGCAGUAAUUGAAUUUUUAAUUGGUUUUAUUACCAUAAUUAUCAUAAAAUAUUAUCGAGUACAAAUUUUACAAAGACUGAAAGACUUUCUUAUUGUUUCGCUUAAUGACUAUGAUAAUGUAUCAACGAAUCCAGUUUCGAAUGCAUGGAAUCAUAUGCAUCGUAUGUACAGCUGUUGUGGUGCGGGAAAAGGCGUAAUCGAUUGGACAUACAGUUAUUAUCGUCGGUUGAAUCCAUUUCAUCUAGUACCACCGUCAUGUUGUAGAUCAAAUCAAGCUUGUGUACAGGCUCCAAUUCAGUCAAAUUCAUUUGUUCAAUUUUUAUCAUUGUUCAGUUCUGUUAUUAUACUGAUACAUUUAAAAGUAGCCAUAAACGAAAUGCACAUUUAUAAUACGGCUGUUUUACGUGGAAUGUAUGAUUUGUUAGAAAAUUAUGAAAAAUUGGUGAAUGAGAAGAAUGAGAAUAAUUUGAAUAUGGAAGAACAUCAUAAUAAUGCAUUACAAUUGGCAAAAGAACGGCAUCGUGUUCAAGGUCUCUUGUCAAUUAGUCCAACUUUGAUACGAGUUAAAAAUCCAAGAAUUAUGAAUUAUCUUGGAUAUAAAUAUUAG